AUGGGUCCACAAACAGAAGGACAUGAGAAGCUGCCCUCAAAAGGUCCCUUGUCAAUACAUCAGAAGGCCCUGUUUGUGUUCUGGGUCUCGAUGAUGUCCCUGGCUCUUUUCCGAAAAUUUCUGAUGUACUUUAAAGUUUCAAGCUUGAUGAAACUUCGCAUUCCUCCUGGUGGUAAGAAAACCUGACAACUAUUUCCCAUAAUUAUUAUUUGUCUGAUACUGAAAAGGCAAGAGCAAUAAACAAACAAAAUCAAGGUGACCGCUUAGUAUCACUAAGUUGAAUUCUCUUACACUAUUUGGCAAAGAAGUUAAGAACUCUAUGCGAUAACUGUUACGCUAAUUGCUUAUCUAGACUAGCGCAUUUUUUAAUCAUAAUAAAUUUCUUAUCAUUCCUGUGUCUAAUAGUUUUAUUGGUAUUAUCCACUAGAUUAGCCUUUGCUAUUUGUCGGAUGAUCACAAUUACGUACCACUCGCUCCCUGUUUAGAUGGUUUUGUAUUGUAUUUAAUCGUAUGUUAUUUCAUAAUCUGUAGUGUAAAACGCUCAGCCAUCAGUGUCCUGUUUUAAUUGAUCCUACACGUUCUUUUCUAAUUUCAAGAUCUUAAAAAAGAAACCCAUAUGGCCAUGAUAGAGAACGGUGAGAUUUUAAAGCAAAAGGAAUCUCUAGACACCAAAGAACACUUGGUGAACAUCGUUCAAGAGAACAGUGGAGACAAGAAGUCAGCAUUGCAGACUCAGGCUUCAACAACACCGUCACUCGACGAUUUCCUUUCCUCUGUGGCUGUUUUUGGAUCCAUUAUGUUCUUCUACUUCUUGUGCGACGACGCUCAUUACUUUCCAGCAUCAGAGCGCACUUACUCUCGCGACCUUUUUUUCUUUUUAACCUUGGUCCUGUUUGGAGUGGCCGCUGGAUUUACCAGAAAAGAGACUGCAGACAAGAUAUUAAACCGUGAGCAGACUGAAGAAUGGAAGGGUUCGAUGCAGGUCAUGUUUGUAUGGUAUCACUACUUCAAAGCUGCCGAGACAUACAACGCUAUUAGAGUAUUUAUAGCGGCAUACGUCUGGAUGACGGGUUUUGGUGAGUACUUUUGCAAUGGUACCGAUGCACAUGCACGAAUCUGACUGAAUCUUGAUCGUCACUUUGAAGAUGAUUUCCUGAACAGAAUACUGUAACUUUCGUUACCCAUUUAAUCAUCAGAUAAUACAAUAAGCGAGCCGCCUCACCCCGCCUCUCUCCGUCCCCUCUCUGGAAAAAAAUCAGUUUUGUGUCGCAAGAGGUUCGACCAUUUUAAAAAAUAACUAAUCAAACUCGACAACUUUGUACAUGUUCACCAUCCGGGUUAACGGACACCUACCAUCUUACUUGCGUUAAGCGCCCGAACUCUCUCUUUUUUUAAAGCUGUUGGGACCAUUUACCACACUAUGCGAAAAGAACAUCGAGAAGAAUGAUUUUUAAAGUUCCUUUCUCAAUUUACUUUCUAGCUUCCCAAACGCCCACCAAAUACCCAAAAUAUGAACCUCUCCAACAAAUGAAUGGUGAUUUUUUAACGAGGCUAAUGCCUAGCUUACAUAAACUUAAUAAAAUGACAUCAUAUACUUUUUCACCCUGCAGGUAAUUUCUCCUUUUUCUGGAUUAAAAAAGACUUUAGUCUUUACCGUGUCCUUAAGAUGCUCUUCCGACUGAAUUUCCUGGUUGUGAUCACGUGCUUUGUAGUCCGAAACGAGUAUAUGUUAUAUUACAUCUGUCCUAUGCAUACCUUUUGGUUCCUGUCCACAUAUUGCUUCAUGAGACUGAUGAACAGUUGGAACGAGGACCCCAAGAAGAUGGCCGUCAAAUUUAUUGUCUAUUUUCUUAUCGUUUUUCUGUUGUUUGAUGUGCCAAAAGUUGGUGAAAUAUUUUUUAAACCUUUUAGCUUUAUCCUUAAUUACGAGAAUUCUCUUCAUGAGUGGAUGUUCCGAGCGGGACUGGACCACUACGCAACACUGUUAGGCAUGCUCUGUGCAUAUUAUCAUCCCAACUUUGAAAGGCUCAUGGGAUACCUGGAUGAAAAGCCAAUUGCCCAACGUAAAGUAAUACGAUUUGGGAUCGCAUUUAUUUGCGUUUUAUCGUUCACUCUUUGGGUAACGUUCAUUUUUAUGCGUGAAAAGUACGAGUAUAACAAGGUACACCCAUACUUUUCUUUUAUUCCACUGCUAUCCUACAUCUUUCUGCGCAACAUGUUCCCGUUUCUUCGCAAACACUACCUUCACAUGUUUACCUGGCUGGGAAAAAUCACCUUAGAAACUUACAUCUCACAGUUGCACAUUUAUCUCCAAGGCAAUGCUAGGUUUUUAAUUUCCUUCAUUCCGGAAUAUCCACUGCUUAAUUUUGCUUUGGCCACCAUAAUUUACUUGUUCUUGUCUUAUUGUUUAUUUCAUAUUACAAUAGAUAUCAGCGCAUAUUUGAUUCCCAAGGACUACAGAACAAUGCUAAAAACAGUUACAAUGGCUGGGGUCUGGCUGGCCACGUGCUAUGUAAUAGGAUUUAUUUUAACAGGUGUCUACUUUUAA